UGCACUUGAUGCGUUAUAUGCUUCACCGUAACUGAUACGUCGAGGUACAGAUUUCUCCGAGACGCAAAUCUCAAAAUAUUUUCCUACUCUGCAAGAUUGAACAGGCGGCGAUCUGCCUGGAAACUCGUUGCUUAGAAAGUGCGAGGAGUAGGAAGCAACAAGUUCCUUGACAGCCUUUGCGCCCGCAUCUCUUUGUCUCUCAUUUAUCCUUAUUCAUCUCCUACCGUGCUCCCCAGCCACACCACAGACCGGUUGCGCCGUUGAUCUCUCCCUCAAUCCCUCCGCUGGUCAGUGGCCAUGGCAGCCAAACGCCCAGAUAAUCCUGACGGGAUGCCCGCGAAACGUCAGAAGACCACCGGUGGAAUGGAUCCCCAGGACAACCCUUACCUUGCCCAUUGGUACGACAACGAAGCCAAUGGGUACACAAAUGGCUCCUCAACCCCUCCGAACCGCAGUGACGGACCCCUCGUCGACUUCCAGCGGCACAAGACCACCGCUGCACUGGCUCAAAAGGCGGAAGACUCCAAAGUCAAUCCUUUCACAGGCCGUCCGCAUUCCGAUCGAUACUUCUCUAUCUUACGUACCAGAAGAGAUCUCCCCGUCCAUGCCCAGCGAGACGAAUUCCUUCAGCUUUACCAGAAAUCCCAGAUCCUUGUGUUCGUGGGCGAGACUGGUUCGGGAAAGACGACGCAAAUCCCCCAAUUCGUCCUCUACGACGACUUGCCACAGCAAGAAAAGAAACUUGUUGCCUGCACGCAGCCUCGUCGAGUGGCUGCCAUGUCGGUGGCGGAGCGUGUCGCGAACGAGCUGGACGUCAAACUUGGCGAAGAGGUGGGUUACAGCAUAAGAUUUGAGGACAUGACAAGCCAAAAGACGAUUCUCAAAUACAUGACCGAUGGCAUGCUGCUCAGAGAAGCCAUGAACGACCAUGAGCUUACCAGGUACAGCACCAUCAUCCUCGACGAGGCCCACGAGCGGACAUUGGCUACAGACGUGCUCAUGGGUCUGCUGAAAGAGGUGGUGUUGCGGAGGCCAGACCUCAAAUUGAUCAUCAUGUCCGCAACCCUGGAUGCUCAAAAAUUUCAGAGAUACUUCAACGAUGCGCCCUUGCUCGCCGUUCCCGGUCGGACACACCCGGUCGAGAUUUUCUAUACUCAAGAGCCCGAGCCGGACUAUGUUGAAGCUGCAAUCAGAACCGUUCUGCAGAUACAUGCCACAGAACCCGAAGGUGAUAUCUUACUCUUUCUCACCGGAGAAGAAGAAAUCGAAGACGCGUGCCGAAAAAUCUCGCUGGAAGCCGACGAAAUGAUUCGUGAGGCUGAUGCGGGACCGAUGAAAGUGUAUCCCCUCUACGGCACACUUCCUCCUGCACAGCAGCAAAAGAUCUUCGAGCCAGCACCGCCACCGCAGCGACCUGGUGGCCGAGCGGGUCGGAAGUGCAUUGUUGCCACCAACAUUGCAGAGACUUCCCUGACCAUUGACGGGAUAGUGUAUGUGGUUGAUCCGGGCUUUUCCAAACAGAAGGUGUACAACCCACGCAUUAGAGUCGAGUCUCUUCUCGUUUCACCCAUCUCAAAGGCUUCUGCUCAACAGCGAGCUGGUCGUGCCGGUCGUACUCGGCCCGGAAAGUGUUUCCGUCUUUACACUGAAGGUGCCUUCAAAAAGGAGCUGAUCGAGCAAACUUACCCCGAGAUCCUCCGUUCAAAUCUCUCGUCUACCGUCCUAGAGCUGAAGAAGCUCGGGAUUGACGACCUUGUGCACUUUGACCUGAUGGACCCCCCUGCCCCGGAGACCUUGAUGAGGGCACUGGAGGAGUUGAAUUACCUGGCAUGUCUGGACGACGAUGGUAACUUGACAACCAUGGGCAGGCUUGCGUCGGAAUUCCCUCUAGAUCCAGCACUGGCAGUCAUGCUCAUCUCUUCACCCGAAUUCUACUGUUCGAACGAGAUCUUGAGCUUGACAGCUUUGCUGUCCGUGCCCCAGAUUUUUGUAAGACCUGCGUCGGCGCGAAAGCGUGCCGACGAGAUGAAAAAUCUCUUCGCUCACCCGGAUGGCGACCAUCUGACCAUGCUGAACGUCUACCAUGCCUUCAAAGGCCCCGAAGCGCAGGGGAAUCCGAGACAAUGGUGUCACGAUCAUUUCCUCAGUCUUCGGGCUCUACAGUCUGCCGACAAUGUGCGCCUACAGCUGAAACGAAUCAUGGAGCGAGAAGAAUUGGAGUUGAUGUCAACACCUUUCGAGGACAAGAAGUAUUAUGAAAACAUCCGGCGAGCACUUGUGUCUGGCUUCUUCAUGCAGGUGGCGAAGAAGGAAGCCAACGGCAAGACUUACACGACGGUGAAAGACAACCAAACUGUACUUUUGCAUCCAAGUACGGUGCUCGGGCAAGAGAGCGAAUGGGUGGUUUACAACGAAUUUGUGCUUACCAGCAAGAACUAUAUUCGGACUGUCACGAGUGUGCGCGGCGAAUGGCUGCUCGACAUUGCACCGGGUUAUUACGACAUAGACAGCUUCCCCAAGGGCGAAGUCAAGACGGCGCUUCAGAGGAUCGCAGAGAGGGUAGCUCGGCGGCAAAAGAUGAGUCGUGGACGAUAGAUAUGCAGCAGGUACAGAUACAGCAUAGACCAGAUGCCAAACAUGGCCACAUGGCACUGCAGAAUCAAGCGAGGCAGUGGCUGGGUUUGCCCUACGAGGGGCAACAUAGACGAAUAGUCGAGCUUCACACCUUGAGAGGCGGGAGACGCUAGAGGCCCUUUGCAGCACCGACAAAUCUGGACCCAAGUUCGAAUCGGAAAGAGUUUUCUAAGCGGUGAAAGAGUCCUGCAGCAUGUCAGCAUUUCCUAAGCCAUUGCUCUGCGACACUCGUGCCACCCAACGCACACUCCGUCGGAGAGACCCUAGUCGCACCGUCGACUGUUUGACCGCAUGAACCAGAUCUCCUAUGUACUGUACGAUUGAUAGAAGAGACGGAGGCGCCACAGAGCCACGGGUGAUGAACAGGGUUCGGGAACUGGCCCAUGGCACCAGGGUCUGCGGUCACCUCAGGCCAGUGGCGAUGAUUCCGCCCUCACAC